AAGGAGGAGAUCUCAGACGACAAUGCAAAGCUACCUUGCUUCAAUGGAAGAGUGGUGUCCUGGCUGGUCCUGGCUGAAAGCUCCCACUCUGACACAGGCUCCCAGUGCACCGAGAGCCACGCUGACCUUCCGCCACCCAUUGAGAGAACAGGCGGCAUUGGAGACUCCCGACCUCCAUCCUUCCACCCAAAUGCUGCCAGCAGCCGGGAUGGCCUGGACAAUGAAACAGGAACAGAGUCAGUUAUUAGCCACCGGCGAGACAGACAUCGGCGGAGAAAUAGAGAAGGGCAUGAGGAUGUCCCUCGGAUCAAUGGUCAUCCAAAACUGGACAGACACCGUGAACACCCUCCUGGUUAUGACAGCGCUUCUACCAUGAUGAGUAGUGAGCUGGAAUCCAGCAGCUUCAUUGACUCUGAUGAUGACGACAACACAAGCAGGUUGAGUAGCUCCACUGAGCAAAGUACUUCAUCCCGGCUCAUACGGAAGCAUAAACGCAGGAGGAGGAAACAAAGGAUGCGGCAGAUUGACAGGUCGUCUUCGUUCAGCAGCAUCACUGAUUCUACCAUGUCCCUAAAUAUCAUCACUGUCACACUCAACAUGGAGAAGUAUAACUUCCUGGGAAUCAGCAUUGUAGGACAGAGCAAUGACCGGGGUGAUGGUGGCAUAUACAUUGGCUCUAUUAUGAAAGGAGGGGCUGUGGCAGCAGAUGGCCGAAUUGAACCAGGAGACAUGCUUCUGCAGGUGAAUGAUGUCAAUUUUGAGAACAUGAGCAAUGAUGAUGCAGUACGGGUUUUACGGGAAAUAGUCUCCAAACCAGGACCGAUCAGCCUAACAGUAGCCAAAUGCUGGGACCCUACUCCCAGGAGUUAUUUCACCAUCCCCAGGGCUGAACCAGUGAGGCCAAUUGACCCUGCAGCGUGGAUCUCUCAUACCACAGCCAUGACGGGAGCGUACCCCCGUUACGGUAUGAGCCCCUCCAUGAGCAUCACCACAUCUACCAGCUCCUCACUAACAAGCUCAAUUCCCGAUUCGGAAAAAUUAGAAGAAUCUCCCUUAACUGUGAAGAGUGACAUGGCUACUAUUGUCAAGGUUAUGCAGCUACCAGACUCAGGCCUCGAAAUUCGGGACAGGAUGUGGUUAAAAAUUACCAUCUCCAACGCAGUGAUAGGCGCAGAUGUGGUUGACUGGCUUUACACACACGUGGAAGGCUUCAAAGACCGACGGGAGGCAAGAAAAUAUGCCAGCAGCAUGUUAAAACACGGCUACCUCAGGCACACUGUGAACAAAAUCACCUUCUCGGAACAGUGCUAUUAUGUCUUUGGAGACCUCUGUGGCAAUAUGGCUGCACUGAAUCUUAACAAUGGUUCUAGCGGAGCCUCGGAUCAGGAUACUCUUGCUCCACUUCCACAUCCUGCUGCUCCCUGGCCAUUAGGCCAAGGCUACCCAUACCAGUAUCCUCUGCCCCCUCCAUGUUUUCCACCAGCAUACCAAGACCCAGGCUUUAGCUAUGGUAGUGGCAGUGCAGGGAGCCAGCAAAGUGAAGGAAGCAAAAGCAGCGGCUCGAACCGAAGCAACAGCGAGAACAGCAGGAGAGCUCUUGGCAGAGAGAAGGACCGCAAGUCGGCUGGCAGCGGCAGCGAGUCCGACCACACUGCCCGCAGCGGCGGCGGCACCAGCGUGGUGCGUCGGGAGAGGCCUGUCAGCCAGCUCAGCCACCGGAGUCAUGUCUCUGCCACCCACAGUGAGAGAAGCCACCACAGCCAUCAUUCUUACGGGCCUCCAGGAGUCCCACCCCUCUACAAUCUCCCCAAGCUGGGCUCCAAAGUCUACGGGACGAGCGGACCCCCUGGAGGGCCCCCCGUGAGGGAACUGGGCUCUGUUCCUCCAGAGCUGACGGGGAGCAGGCAGUCCUUCCAGAAGGCCAUGGGCAACCCUUGUGAAUUCUUUGUUGACAUCAUGUGA